AUGGAGGACAAUACACUCUACAUGGAAAAGUACGACACUUCUGCCCACGAUGAUGAGCACGUUGAUGUCAAUGCUUACUACGACGACUACGAUCCCUCGGCCAUUGUGGAUGAAGUCUACUCUGACCUGUUGCAAGAUGAUACUAGCACCAUCAUUAGUUCUUGGUUACCCAAAAUACUGAGGCAACAACCCGUUGUUUCUUGGCUCAUCAAGGUGUUCGAACGAGCCCUGAGUUACAUCCUCAGUCAGAAAUCUGGCUCAACCACAAGCACUCUAUCCAUGAUUUUGAUCGUAAUGGUUCUAUUGCUUGCGCCACUCGCGAUUUUGGGGUUCUUUGAUAACGAUGAUUCAGCUGAUCCAGACACACCUUAUGGUGUGAUGCUGUAUCGAUCUAUAUUGCGUCUGAUCGAUGUCACAUGGUCCCUUUGCAUGGCGCCCUUUGAUGCAGUUCUUAGGUUGCUUAGUCCAGCAUCCUACUCUCCUCUUCUGGCAGAUGACUACGAUGAUGACAAUGAUGAUGAUGAUGCCCGGCAGCAAAAAGAUGCAACCGUCAAGGGCCCGUCAUCUCGUGUUCGGAUUCUCCGUGCCUUGGCUGGCAAAGCGACUCAACCAACCAAGAUGCCUCCACUAGUCCCAAUUCCAGGGGCAAAGGAGGAAUUGCCAAAGAGACCAAGUCUCAAGCAACCACAACCACCACCCGAACUGGAACCAGCCUUUCUCAACCCACAAGACUACCCACCGGGAUGGCUCGUCUAUCAUCCGAAAUUGGGUGUUGUUGCAAAAGAAGAAGCGGACGCCUACGAUCAACAAGGCGAGGUUAUGAUAAAAGCGUCUGAGACGGAAACUGGAGAACGUGGAGGAGCACAAAAGGAGCCAGAUGACAUCGACGACGACUCCAUAAAAGAACCAAACGAGGCAUCAACUAGUGAGGAGACGACGACAAGUACCAUAACGAAACAAGUUUCUGCAUCUUAA